CGCCCACCGGAGAGAAGACAAAAACAAUAGACAUCCCCUUCAUAUAACACAGUGUAAACAAGACCUACACCGAAUUUAGAUACCGAACCAUUUUGUGCGGCCGUGGAGACGACGCAGGGAGAAAUGGUGUCUCCGGUCACAGUGGUCAGAAGUGAAGGCCCUAAACUGGUGCCCUUUUUCAAGUCGACCUGUGUAUACUUCGUCCUGUGGCUGCCCACAUCAAGUCCUUCCUGGUUCAGCGCACUAAUCAAAUGUUUGCCCAUCUUCUGCCUCUGGGUCUUUUUACUUGCACAUGGCUUCAGCUUUCUUGGUGCGCAUUCCAGUGCACGUAAGAUCCUGGCGGGCCUCAUCUUUUCUGCUCUGGGCGAUGCCUUCCUCAUCUGGCAGGAGCAGGGCUACUUCGUCCACGGCCUCCUCAUGUUUGCCAUUACGCACAUUCUCUACUCGUCUGCGUUUGGGAUGAAGCCACUUAACCUGUGCGCUGGCCUUGUGAUAGGAGCCGUGUCCACUUUGAGCUACAGCCUGCUCUAUCCCUACCUGUCUGGCCCCUUCACCUACCUGGUGGCUGUUUACAUCGUGCUGAUUGGCUUCAUGGGCUGGAGGGCCAUCGCAGGUCUGCAGCUGGCCAAUGACUUGUGGACCUGGACCAAGUUGUCUGCCUGCUUGGGCGCUGUGUUGUUCAUGGUGUCUGACCUCACCAUUGCUGUCAACAAGUUCUGCUUCCCCGUGCCCCAUUCACGCGCCAUCAUUAUGGCCACCUACUAUGCAGCGCAAAUGCUGAUAGCGCUGUCAGCUGUCGAGUGCCAAGACGUGGAGGUGGCCAGGAAGAGAAUAUGAGGCUUUGCAGAGAAAGGCUGUGAUGCUGCAGAGGUGACGGCUGCGGCCCUGUGUGAUCAUGGACACAUCUCACUGCCAGAUCCUCAGCCCUGUGCCCUCACCUCAAUGUGGUACAACUCCAUUAUUACCAUGGCAGCUGUCCCACAACAGCCUUGGUAGUCUCACACCCAUCUUCUUACCACAAAGAUGUGAAAGUAUUACCAUUACCUUCCCCGACAACAGUCUUACCUGCCUCUCCUGAUGCUCAGUUACCAUGGAGACCAUUAUAAUAACCUGCUGUGUAGAGUAUUACUUCAUGUUUUAAUUUAAAGAGAGGAUGUACCUGGGGACCUUCAAGGAGUAUGAGCAGCAGACAAAUCUUUGCGUGCUUAUAACACUUAAAAAAAAUUCUGUUAUAUACUCGUACAGUCAGCUCACUGACACCACCUCACAGCUACUUCAUGCAAUCCAACAAUGCAGUUUAACACUUUGAAACUUUCACCACUCAUUAUUUUGCUUAUUUAACCUUAUGCCCGUGACUGUGUUUUUUUUUUUACUUUCCUGCUAGUUUGUUUUCUUGUUCCCCUAAAUUAAGGGUGCUAUAGUCCACACUAAGAGCAAACCUGCCAUUUGUAGUCCCUUCCAUUUCACUUUGAACAAACACACUGCCUUUCUGUCCUCCGCUGUUCAACAGGCUCCUGACCCCCCCCCCCCCCCCCCCCCCCUUUAAGGGGUUGAUUAAAUGUACAUAGGAAGAAUAGUGGCGAUCAAAACAAAGCAAAAUGAGGUGCUGAAGUGGAAAAUGGAGGAAAGUCUUUAUAACUGCAGCAACCUUUAUUUUUUGAACACUCACUAAGAGCUGGAGCUGGAUUCUUCCUGCUGAUGUUAUAUCAACGGCCUCCUGCUCUCACGAUAGUCAGACACAUUCGGCAAUGUCAUCACAACAGCACCUGUUAUUGCAUGCUGUAUCGUGCACCUGCUACUCCUUUUGGUGGUCGAACUUACAGGCGUGUGACAGUGUUGUAACUGAGAGCAGUUUUUUUUUUUCCGAGAAAUGUAUUCCAUAACGUUUACACACACACACACAAAAUCUCCUACUGGUUUAGUUAUUAGGAAAAGUCAACGGGGUUCUUUUUUUGCUGGACUAGACCAGCUAAUACACGCUGUCAGCGACCUGGGACCAUGUUGUGAAGACUGAACAGACAAAGGUUACGAUACAGAGUAAAAUCACAUAUUUACUCACUUUUAGAGAUGCACUUAUAGCCCUUUAGAGCACACAUUCCCUUCUGACUAUAUUGCCGAAAGUUGAAAAGAAAAUGUGGCAUAAGGCUAAAUGGAGGGGAGAAUAAUUGAAUACUUGAUUGGUUCUAAUCUUGAAAAAUCCUGUCCCAGACAGGUUACUUAACGCACAUUUCUCCUCUCAGCAGG